GACGUUGGCAUGGCAUGUGGUAAUUUGGCAGUUACCCUUCUGCUUUCUGCUUUCAAAAUCAAAUUUUUAGAGAGAGAGAGAGAGAGAGAGAGAGAGUAAACGUCAUAAGAAAGAGCCACAUUUUUCUGAGAGUCAAGAUUCUUCCUUUUGUAGCCAAUUCUAUCAUGAGCAGCUUAAGCAGACCCUUCAUAGAAUCCUCCAUUAACCCAACUCACAAAUUCUUGUGAACUUUUUUCCCAUAUGACAUUCUAACAAACCCAAAAGCCAUGCUUGAACUUUGACACACUUAUAAAAACAGAAUCUUAGCUAAACGCUGGCUCAUUUCAUUUGCUGGUCGUCUGGUUUUCAAACAUUUUUGAAAUUUCGAAUGGAAGCUUUAGUCAAGAAAAGAGAGAGUCUUCAAAAACGGAAAAGUGGUUUUGAAGUUUUGGGUGGUAAUGGUGUUGUAACUGAGUCGCUCACCGAUUCAAGCGCUGAGUCUAGACAGAGCAGUUCAAGCGGAUUGAGCUCGGAUUUAUCGGCUGAGGAUUCAAAUGCAAAAGCGAAAGCUUCAGCUUCACCUUUGGGUUGGCCUAUUCGUAAAGCUGAGCUUUGCAAGAGCUCAGCUGCUAAAGUGGGUGAAAAUGAACAGAAAACCCAUGUGGAUGAUUCAAAGUUUAUUAACAUGGAUUCGAAAAUUUCAGAGAUGGAUAUGAUGAAAGAGAGGUUUUCCAAAUUGUUGCUUGGUGAAGACAUGUCCGGGUCUGGAAAAGGGGUUUGCACAGCUUUGGCCAUUUCAAACGCCAUUACCAAUCUUUGUGCUACCGUUUUCGGGCAACUUUGGAGAUUGGAACCUUUACCCCUUGAAAAGAAACAAUUGUGGCGAAGAGAGAUGGAAUGGCUUCUUUGUGUUAGCGAUCACAUUGUUGAACUAAAACCUUCUCUGCAAACAUUUCCCGAUGGAAAGAAACUUGAGGUAAUGACUUGCAGGCCCAGAUCAGAUCUGUUUAUCAAUCUCCCAGCUCUGCGCAAACUAGAUAACAUGCUUCUUGAAAUAUUAGAUAGCUUCGUCAACACGGAGUUUUGGUAUAUCGAUCAAGGAGUUGUAGCCCCUGAUGCAGAUGGCUCAGCCUCUUUUCGUAGAACAACCCAGAGGCAAGAGGAGAAGUGGUGGCUACCUGUUCCCCGUGUCCCCGCUGGUGGCUUGAGUGAAAAUUCCAGAAAGCAAUUGCAUCAUACCAGGGAAUGCACAAAUCAAAUACUGAAAGCUUCAAUGGCUAUCAACAGUAUAGCAUUAUCAGAAAUGGAAGUUCCUGAGCCAUACAUGGAAGCCCUUCCAAAGAACGGAAGAGCCUGCCUUGGGGAUAUUAUUUACCGCUAUGUUACGUCGGAUCAAUUCUCUUCUGAAUGCCUGCUCGACUGUCUCGACCUGUCCUCUGAGCAUGUUGCUCUCGAGGUUGCAAACCGUGUUGAAGCCUCAGUGUAUGUAUGGCGUCGAAGAUCUCACCCAAAGCCCCCAACUCAUCCGAACCGUUCCACUACAAAGUCAUCAUGGAACAUGGUCAAGGACCUAAUGAUUGAUGGAGAUAAGAGGGAAUUGCUUGCAGAAAGAGCUGAAAGCCUCCUGCUUAGCUUGAAGCAGAGGUAUCCUUGUCUCACUCAAACUGCCUUAGACACCAGCAAGAUCCAAUACAACAAGGAUGUUGGAAAGUCCAUUCUUGAAAGCUACUCAAGAGUUUUGGAGAGCCUUGCAUUCAAUAUCGUGGCUCGAAUUGAUGACCUACUAUACGUGGAUGACUUAUCUAAACAAUCUGAAAAAUUGUCAUCGGUUCCAAAAGUCAGUGUCAUUUCUCAUAAGAAGGUUUCCGUCCCUUUUUCUGUGCCUGUCUCAGGCACUCCAUACAAAACAGCUUCUACACCAACUUAUUCGCCUGCACCGCUGAUUAGCCCGGCCAGGGGAGAGAGAACUCCUUUUCUCCACAAUAACGUCAACAACAACAACAACAACAAACCACACCGUCGCGGUUUUGGAGUAAAAAGAGUUUUGACUAAUUAUCUUGGUGUUGAUACAAAACCAAAGGUUUGUUGUAAUGCAACUAAUGGCGCUGCUUCCAUUCCAAGCACACAUUCGACAGAAACAUCCAGUCAUAGAAAAGAGUAAUCAGCCCCACAAACCAGCCCUACAUUACGGGGAAAUGAUAGUUGAUGAUGACACAAUUAGAGAAGUAAAGAGAUACAUGAGAGCAACCAUGGGAAUUUAAUGUAUUGGUUAAAUUCGUAGUUUCGUGCUUUGUAUGCAAUUUUUUUAUUUCUUUUGGACAUAUUUUGCAUGGGUUUGAAUGUAGUUAAAAUUGGAAAAGAAAAAAAAAAUAUAAAUGUGAGAUUGUUCAA